AUCGGAUGAACAUAUACAAACUACGUUUAUAUAUGCAAUUUUCAGCUUUGUUUCUGCUAAUGUUGCCUUCAUAAUUGAUAUACAACAACUGUAGCAUUCUGGUUUUUGACAUUACAUCUUUUAACAACUUUACACAGUGAUGAAAGUAUAUACGCGCUUACAUUUGUUGGCUUCAUAAUUGUACACAUAUAAUGAAUCUGAAUUUGCAGGGUGACCGUAUACAUGGUACAAUUGGAAAGUAUGUUCUUAAGUUUUUUAGGAACAAGAUACAUGAACUUCGCUUAUAUCGUAUGAACUACUUUGUAGUCGGACCAAAUAAUUUGAAGUUGAGGACUACGACACACAAGCUGAAGCUGACAUUUACUCAAAAGACAUUUGUCGAGGAAACAAAUGAUCCUUCAUUUCAUAUGAACAUCUUUAACUUGCGCCCUUUUCACCAACUAACAAAUGAACAUGAUGUCGAUGAGACAGAAUUACUCGAUGUUGUUGGUCAGGUUGUGACCUAUGAAGAUGUUAAGACAUACAAUCAGGGAGACGACCAAAGUUUCCUUAUUAAUGUUGUACUCGAAGAUGAUCAGAACAGGAUUAUGGCAACAUUAUGGAGCGAACUUGUGGAUCAAAUUCAACAUCACUUGAAUGAAUCUGCCGAUGAGCCUUUGAUUGUUGUUUUCCCGCAUAUGAAACCUCAAAAAUAUCGAGGUAAUUACUCAGUGCGUAGCUGUUGGUAUCAGACAAAGAUAUGGAUAAAUUCUACGUUGCCGCAGUCUAUUGAAUUUAAAUCCAGAUUACUUGCACCACGUCAAUCAAACAUUGAGCGAAUCAUUCGAACAAGUUCUCAACAAAGUUACUCUGUUAGAGAUGAGUUAGACAAAGGAAUUGUACUGUUUAAAACUAUUAGGGAUUUAGUUCAGUGCACGCAAGAAUCCAGCUAUUGGAUUGCGGCAAAAUUGGUUAAUUUGGAACUUGACCGGGGAUGGUCAUACUUGGCAUGCAACAAGUGUAGUCGAAAGGUGGAAAAAGUUGGAAAUAAAUACUUUUGUGCCAAAUGCAAUGAAGAAGAGUCUUCUGUUACUCACAGGUAUAGGCUUCAAGUUCGUGUUAUGGAUGGAACCGCUUUUAUCUCAUUGUUGCUUUGGAAUCGCGAAGCUAUGCAACUUAUAGGGAAGUCCGCAAAAGAACUUAAGGAAAGAUUAGUUGAGACUUCACUUGCGGAUGCUGACUGUUCUUGUCCAAGUGAAAUGGACGAUACUCUUUAUAAAAAAUUUAUGUUCAAGGUUACUGUUAAGCAAGAGAAUAUUGACUCGCAGGUCGAAGUCUACAAAGUUCUUAAGUUUACUGAUGAUGAUGACCUUCUAAAGGAAUACGGCCAUACUUUAUUCGAAGACAAUAUGAAUGAUCCACAUUUUUUAGAUGGACAAAGCUCAAGUGGAGAUAAGCUUUUCGGGGAUCUUAUGGCCGAAAGUCAGCUGAAGUCUGUUUUGAAAACUCCCAUUGAGAAAAGUGUAUCAGAAAGUGGAUCGCCGGUGUUAGACGAUGGAGAUGCUUGCAAUGCAAAAAUAUCCCCUUUGAAGACAUAUGACAAGAAGACUAGAUCCGCUAAUAAGGCAUCAGCAGUAGCAACAGAUGAUGACUUCAAUUCUCAACUGUCUAGCAACAAGGUUCGCAGAGUCGUAAAGAAAGAAAAGAAUCCCUGAUUGGUCUUACUGCAAUGCGUCUUGCUCUGCACUUAUAUAUUUUGUACUUUUGUCGCUUCAAUGUUCUGCAUUUUAUAUGUUAUAUGGUGAAAUGACUCUACCUAUGCAACUUCAUAUUUUCUUUAUCAAUCAUGAUGUGAUUCUGUUAAAAAACUAAGUGUUGCAGUUGCUAAGAUGCAAAUUUAUAGGUUGGGCUUUUGGAAUUUAACAGAUGACUUUUUGCUGCCUUGUGAAUUUCUUUUAUGCAAUUUUAAGUGAUUUUUUAUAUGCAUACUCUUUAUUUGUUGUCGUGGUGGGUCGAUGCACUUUAACGGUGGUUUUAAUGGACGCUUAGAGGUGAUUCAUGGCUGGUGUGGAGCAACUAUGCUGGCUUUAGAGCUGCAUUUUAAGGGGUAGAGGUGGAGCAGUUAUUUGUCCAUAAAAUAAAACGUCCUCAUUCCUCAAUCAUAUGUGGCUUACUAAGACAUUCAGAAGCCAAAAUCAUAUUUGAUGAUCAGCAUUUGCUCCAACUUGGUGAACGAGCAAUCAGUCUUCUAUCAAAAUGCAGCAUUUAGCUUUCAGCUUUUUGUUUUCGUCAACAUCCUGUUUUUGACUCUACAUAUUAUUAGUUCCACCAUGUAAAGUAUAUUAUAAAGUUUAUAAGUUGUGUAUGGUUAAA